AUGCCGACCAACCCUGACGCGGUCACGAUCAUUCGUGACCACGUCCUCUUCGACCCUCUCCAGGCGCAAGGUGCCACCGCUCCGUGGCAGCAGCUCCCAGAUCUACCAACCGUCGCUGAGCUGCUCAACCCCAUCGCCACCACAAACGAUCUACCCACCUUCCCCGUGGAUCGUUCUUUUUCCUCUAAGGCUCAAUAUCUUGAAGCUCUCUACAAGAUCCUCCGUUUCGAGGCCGUCGAAGGACUUCGGUUCUCGAUCAACGACUUUAAGUCCAAUUUGACGAUGAACGACGAUCAAGACACGUGCAUCUACACCAAGGUCUUCGUCAAGGGCUACUUGAUGACAAAGCUGGGCCCGGUCUGCCGGGUCAGCUUUUCGACCGGCCGAGCCGGCCGAAAGAUCCUCUGGAAACAGGCCAAGCGCCUGACUCCAGGUCGCAUUGUCGCGCUCUCAGGCGAUGACUUCCAGACUGACUGCAGGGUGGGUAUUAUCGCCCAACGCCCCAUUGAGGGUGGCUUGGAUCAGAAUCCACCCACGGUGGACAUAUUCUGGCGCGAUUCUGAAGAAUCCAUCAUCGACCCCGACCACGAGUUGGUCAUGAUCGAAUCGCGCAAUGGAUUUUACGAGGCGGUUCGACAUGCACUCAUUGGAUUCCAGCUCGCAGCUGGUGAGAAGUCUAUCUUCGACAAAUAUCUCCUAAACCUAGAUGACCAUGAUUCCCUAUCACAAUCCAUCACACAGAACCCUCUUCUCAGCCUCUCCUGUCUAGUCACGCAGCUCACUUCAAAACAGCAGCGGGAGACGUCGGGCAAUACAGACCUGGAGCGGCUAGUAUUCCAGCGUACAGCUGAUCAGUACCAACGAUGCGACAUAACCCGUCCUCUCUCCAAUCAGGAACUUCAAUGCCACACAAGCCUUGAUUCCUCCCAGCUUGACGCUUUGCAGCGCAUGGUCUCAAAGGAGUUGGCUGUCGUCCAGGGUCCACCAGGUACAGGCAAGACGUACACAUCUGUUCAGGCUCUGAAAAUCAUGCUUGAAAAUCGGCAACCAGGAGACGCCCCUGUGAUCAUCGCCGCACAGACGAACCACGCUCUGGAUCAGCUGCUCAUAUACUGUCACUAUGCUGGUGCCAAGAUAAUGCGCGUGGGAGGUCGUACGGAGAACGAGAUUAUCAAGGAACGUACCGCAUAUAACCUUCGUCUGUCGGUCGGCAAUUCAACCAGAGACGGCAAGUACAGAUCGCUUGAGAGAUUGCGGCUAAAGAUUAUCGAAAAAUUCAAGACCCUCGUCGACGGCGUCUUUGGCGACCAGGAAUUGUUGGACGCCCAAGCUCUGCUUGAUGCUGGCGUAAUCAAUGAAGCGCAGCUCGAAUCCCUGGCCAAUGAUGACUGGGAGGGAAACGAUGAUGAGCCCGCAAUGGAGGCUUGGCUUGGCGACGAGCGAAUUGAGAGCAUACGUCAGCCACCAGAAGACCUUGGCUUUGAGGAAGAGGAGGGCGUUGACGAGCAAGGAUAUGAGCUGGAUCCCAACUUUGAAGACGAGACAGCUGACGAGGACGAUCGCCUGCAAGGCGUUUGGAUUCCAUUGACCAGCUACUAUACCGGCAAGACGCCUCAUGUCCCUAGCUGGCACGCCAGGUGUGCUGCCAGUCUAACCCACAAUGAUGAUCUCUAUCAGAUCCCAGUUCCGCUUCGUGGUGGCGUCUACCAGAUCCUUCAGUCCAAUCUCCGAGAAGCAUCGAUGGCCAAGUUCCGCGGGAUCCUCCACGAGGCUGUCGCCCACGCCAAGGAGCAAAAAGUCAAUAGAUGGCUUCGAGACCUCUACGUUCUUGAAAAGCACUGCAUUGACAUCAUUGGCUGCACCACGACAGGUCUUACUAAAUAUCGUGGAUUUCUCGCAGCCACCGGAGCACGCGUCCUACUCAUUGAAGAGGCUGCUGAAACCAGAGAGGCAAAUGUGACCUCUGCUCUUUUCCCCAGUCUGGAUCAGCUGGUUCUUGUCGGCGAUCACCAGCAGCUUCCGCCCCAGUGCGAUAUUGCCCGUCUUGGAAAUGAGCCGUUCAAUCUCAACGUCUCUCUAUUCGAGCGCAUGGUGCGAAAUCGAGUCCCCUACACAAUGUUGAACCGACAGCGUCGCAUGGCCCCAGAGCUGCGCUAUAUCGUGCAGAAAUACUAUCCUGACUUGAAAGACCACCCUCUUGUCAAAGACGUCGCCAAUCGCCCGCUGAUUCCUGGCAUGGGUUCUCGCCGCACUUGGUUCUUUACGCACGAGUGGCCAGAAGAGACGGAUGCCGACAACAGCAAGGUCAACUUCGAAGAGGCGAAGAUGAUCGUUAGCUUUAUGACAUACCUCAUAAAGAACGGCAUCAAGCCAUCGCAGAUCACUGUGCUAACUUACUACCGUGGGCAGCGGAAGAGAAUUUCACAGCUCCUCCGUCGAGAUUCGCUAACACUGGGCACGGCAUACUUCAAUGUUGCAACCGUCGAUUCUUAUCAGGGCGAAGAAAACGAAAUCGUCCUCCUCUCCCUCGUGAGAAGCCCGCCGACGCCGUACGAUAUCAAGCGCGUUGGUUUCGUGGAAAGCCCGAAUCGUGCAACCGUUGCCAUCAGCAGAGCCCGUCGUGGUUUUUUUAUGUUCGGCAACAAGAACAAUCUUUUCGGGGCUACAGACCGGUCCUUCGACACGUGGGCUCCUGUCUGGAAUGGGUUUGCAGAGCAGCAGCGAGUUGCUAUGGGCAAGGGGCUGCCUCUGGUCUGUCAAAACCACAACAACAAGGAGAGCACGAACGAGAUCUGGAUGAAAACGCCAGAGGACUUCAUCGGAAAUGCAGGCGGCUGUUGGAUCAAAUGUGACUCCAUGUUGCCCUGCGGCCACGCCUGUAACCUGACUUGUCACGCUGUCCCUCACGAGACGCUGCCCUGUCUGAAGAGCUGUAUCAGGUUACUUCCCUGUGGGCACAAGUGUUCUGGUGUCUGCGCCGACCCCUGUCGUUGCUGCGAGGAUUGUACCCAGUACAAGGUCGUGCAAGCAGAGCGGCAGAUAGCCCAGCUUCAGCUCGAAGUUGCAUCUUCUACGUCGGGCCCUGAAACGGCAACAGAGCAAAAGCGUGACAGCAGCCCGGAGAAAUGGGUCGAGUUUAGCAAAAAUCCUCAGGUUUACGACGACGUGAUCCGCGAGGCCCGACUCCGGCAGAUGAAAGAGGCACAAGAAAGUCGAGCUCCAGCAGCCUCGUCUCAACCUUUGAUCGAGCUGGACACCCCAUCGACAUCCGUCAACAGCCCCGAAAAGAGCAACAUCAGGGAGCAAUUCAUUCCUAUUUCGAACAGAGACGGAGUGCGAGUGAUUGAGCAGAAGCCUGACCCUCGUGUCCAAAGUCCCUCUAUGACUUUGAAGACUCACAGCCACAACACUGGUCGUCGUCACAAGAAUGGUUGGCAGCGGCGACAGGGUCAAGAGACACAGAACCAGAAUCAGACUUCCAAUAACAAGACCCCUUUCCAGCCUUUGCGUGCGCCGCGCAACCAGCGAAGGAGUGGAACUAGGCCCAACUAUCAGCGCAAUCAAGCUCAAGUGCGCAUGACUUCGCCCCAGAACAAUGCCAAUGUGCGACGCCAGGAACCAUUUGAGUCAGCCAGAAACAACCCCAUGGUCAGCACCGGAGGAAGCAACCAACCCCAGACCGACAUCUUUGCCUCACUCACACCCGGAGGAGGCCAAGCCCCAGUCGACUCUAUUUCUUUGAUUGGCGAGUCUGACCUCGGCUUCGAGGCGGAAGUCCUGGGCAUACGACGAGGACACCGCACCGACCAGGAGGUUGUCGGCGCCAGCAGCCUGCGCGAGCGGUUUCGGAUGGAAAUACCGGUGGCUCCCUACGCCGAAUCCCUGAUGUCGUUCGGCGGCGAUGGUGCUGAUUCCCCGGUCAAGCCUGUUCAGCCACCAGAGAACGAAAAGGAGGAGGAGCUUCUCAUCGAUAUUUGA